GAACGCGUUCCCUGCACCUCUCCGCCCCGACCACGCCCACCAUUGCACGGGCACGCGCACGCCGCGGCCUCGAGUACGCCGCCGCCCUCGUCGCAGUAAACGCGGCCGCUCCGGUUGGCCUUGGGGGCGGGGCUGUAGAGGAACGUGCCAAAGCCGCAGAGUGCAGUGAGAAUUCUACUAGAGAGGAAAUGGCUGCCUCUUCAUCAUCCUCCUCAGCCGCUGGGGUCAGUGGAAGUUCUGUCACUGGAUCUGGUUUCAGUGUCUCAGACCUUGCCCCACCACGGAAAGCCCUUUUCACCUACCCCAAAGGAGCUGGAGAGAUGUUAGAAGAUGGCUCUGAGAGAUUCCUCUGUGAAUCCGUUUUCAGCUAUCAAGUGGCAUCUACGCUUAAACAGGUGAAACAUGAUCAGCAGGUUGCUCGGAUGGAAAAACUAGCUGGUCUGGUAGAAGAGCUGGAGGCAGAUGAGUGGCGAUUUAAACCCAUCGAGCAGCUGCUGGGGUUCACACCCUCUUCAGGUUGACCUUGCCUGGACAGUCACCUCUGGGGCACAGCAAGUACAGGUCCAGUGAGGAACUUUUCUUACAGCUUACAUAGCCAUCCAGAGAUUCACAGCUCCAUCACUGAAUUGUUAAUUCACAUCCAUACUUGGUUUCUCUGUAUCUAUCCACAAGCAACAAAUACUUAAAUGUGUGAUCUUACAA